AUGAAUGACUUCAAGUAUUCUGAUGAUCAAGCAAGUAGAUUAUUGUCUUUUUAUUUUCCUGGUGCCAAAAAUGGGAUCAACAAAGCUCGUUUCGUUGAGCGUUUUCUGGUUGGAGGAUGGAAAACAAACGAAGAUGCCGUUCAGAUGGCCAUUCUCUAUUUCAUCCAUACUUUUGUUUUUUCUCAACUAGGUGAUGCACCUAUAUCAGUUGAUGAUUUCAAGAUGGUAGAAGAUGGUAGUUAUGAGCAAUAUCUAUGGGGGAAAUUAGCAUAUUCAAAAUUGAUAAAAGGAAUGCAUCAGGAGUUUUCAAAUGCCAAACAAAUGUAUCAUCUAGGCGGCAUGUCAUACGCUCUGAAUGUUUGGAUAUAUGAAUGUGCAUCUCAAGUUCCCUCUGAAAUUGCUGUAAGAGUGGGUAAUAAAAUUUCCAGAAUUCUUAACUGGCGUGUUGUCGCCGUGAAGCCAAAAUUUAAGACCUUCAUGUCUACCAUCUUCAGUGAGUAUCCAUGCUCCAACAUUGUCCAAUCUCAACAUGAAAUGGAAUCUAUUGUCGUUCAUGACAGCCAACAGAAACCUGAAGAUUCAACAUCGGCUGCCAAGGUCAAUUUCAGAAAACCUCAUGAAGUCACUGAAUUUGAGAACUUUUCAACAACACCACCCACUGAAUUUUUAAAGAGAUCCAGGGAUGUCGCUGAGACAUCUUCUCCACCUCCUUCCAAGAGAAUGAAGACUUCCCCUGCUAAAAAGCCAAUUCAAGUAGAAACAGUCAACAUGCACAAGGAUUUCUUACCACCAAAUGAAUCAGAAAAUCUUGUUUCUCCUGACAAUGAACUGGGGGCAAAGUCACCAAAGGAAUCAAAAAAGCCUGUUUCUCCUGACAAUGUACCAGGGGCGAAGUCAGCUAUAGGAGGUGAAUCUUCCGGUCAUUCGGAUCAAAUUAUUAAUAUGCAAUUCAAAGCAUUGAAGAAGUCCAUAAAGAAGUCUCUAAAGAGAUACGUUGACCGGAAGUUCAAGCGUUUGGAGAACAAAAUGGAUUCAAAUCACAUUGAUCUUUUGAAAGCCAUCGACAGUAUGGUGAACCGAAUGACUGGCACAUCAUCUCAAGUUAAAAAAGAUGAUUUUGAUCAAUCAUUCCAUGUGGGACCUAAACCAUCCACCAUGAUAAAUCAGGUGGACAACAUAUCGGAACAAAGCAUUUCAGCAGAUGUUCCUGAAUUAUUUGAUCAACAAGUUUAUUCUGAUACAUUAAAGGAAGAUGAACCAUCCGUCAAGGAUGUAUCAGCACACCAAAUGGAACCACAAAGAGCAGAUACUGAUCAGCUUAUUGCUGAUUCUGAUACAUUACAGAAAGAUGAAAGAGUAACUGAUGAUAAAUCUGACAAAGUAGAAGAGCAAGUCGAGGAGAUUGAAAAAGAAAAAAUCAAACCAAGCACAUCAGAAUCCAAUACUUCAGCACCAUUUUCGACCGAAACUCUGGAUGUGAUAGAUGCUCUAAUAUACGGACUUCCAUUACCAGCCAUGCCAUUGACAGCUGUUAGUCAUGAGCAAGUUCAGGAUGAAUGUCUAUUACGCGAUAGCCAGCUACCAACCACUCUUCCAUUAAAAGCUAAUGUAUUGUCUGACGAUGCGAAGACACCAUCUCGAAGAAGCAGGAUUCCUUCGAAGAUCUUACAGUCGCCGUAUCUUUCAAACUUUGGGUCGAGUGAAAAGGGAAAGGAAAAUUUGUCAGAUGUUAUGCAUCAGACACACCCUUUUGAAGGUUUUGGUAUAUGCUAUCAACCCCCUUCCGAGCUUGUCACAGACUACUCUCAAUGGAUAGAUAAAGGACUUCUAAAAUCAUAUGGCAACAAGAAUUCGAAGGAGGAUCAUUACAGAUCUAAGUGUUCUUCAUUCGGCUUUGAAAAAAUGGACUUUGUUGUGGCAUUUCCUAAAGAUAAGAACUGA